GCAGGACACGCGCUCUCACUGUCAGUCACGGUUGCGGCGUUGUCCUUUACCACCCCAGUCAUGUCCAUUGUUACAAUCAGGAAUGUCGAAUUCAUCAACAAUCCAGCUCGCUUCAUCGACCCAUAUCGGUUUCGCGUCACCUUUGAAUACGUUGAAUGGAAAUUAAUAUACGUCUCUUCCCCUGGCAACGAAGAUCUUGACCAAGAACUCGACGAUUGGCUCGUAGGACCAGUACCAGUCGGCGUGAACGUCUUCGAAUUCGAGGUCGACCCGCCGGAUCCUCAAAAAGUCCCUGCAGAAGACAUUCUGGGAGUGGCGGCGCUCAUUUUAACAGGAAGUUACAACGACCAAGAGUUCGUCCGAGUAGGGUACUACCAAAAUACGGAGUAUGAUAACGAGGAAAUGAAGGCAGAGCCUCCGUCAAAAGUGGUCGUAGAGAAUUUGGUUAGAGAUAUAAAUGCGAAGCCGAGGGUGACGAGAUUCCAGAUAAAGUGGGACGUUAUACCUCCGUUACAGUCGAAUGGAGCUGCUGCUGCUGCUGCCGCUGCCGCAGGUGCUAUAAAUUCUGCUGCAGUACCGUCUGCAAAUGAUUUCCCUGAUGGCGAAAAUGAUUCUAUGGCAGUAGACUCGAAAGGACCCCCGUCAUAGCAUCAUACAACCGACCAUCUUUACACCUUCAUAUAAUACCUUUCUCUCUCUUUUACGCUGUAAACUCUAUAUAGUUGUAGAAAUGGCACAAAAAGAAAACCAUUCCGUUACCGGGACUCGAACUCCGGGCUAUCACGCUUGAUGUAUCCUAAUACUAUCGACC